GAGGUGGAACCCUUGGUUGUAAUUGAAUGAAUGUCAGUUAUGUGUAUAAGUAAUGAAAGUAAUCUUACAAUAAUUUUUACAUUAAUGUUUUUACACUAAUACUCCUUUUAAAGAAAUUAUGACGCUCAAUUAUUUUGCAAUAAAUGUAUUUUGGCAGCCUUAUGCUUUUGCUUAGACUACAUACUUUAAGUUGACUUGUUAACAAAAUGUUUAGUUUAGUAUUGUAAUAACAAGUACUACAUUGCAUUUGGACAUGGAUUUUAUAAUUUUAUUGCCAUGCAGGUAUUUUUUUGCAUAUUUUGGCUGAUACUCUUGGGAGCAUUGGUGUCAUUGUGUCUUCAGUGCUAAUUGAUCAGUUUGGUUGGAUGCAAGCAGACCCAAUUUGUUCUAUGUUCAUAGCAAUUCUAAUUACAUUAAGUGUCUAUCCACUAAUGCAGAAGUCAUUGGAAUCACUAAUGCAGAGAUUUCCACGAGAAUUAAAUGUUACAUUGCCACAUCUCACUCAUAAAAUAAAUGAGAUUAAUUCUGUGACACAUGUAUUGAAAUGUCAUGUAUGGACACUUUGCACAAAUGUUCACGUAGCAAAUGCAAGAGUGGAAGUUUACCCUGGAAGUGAUCUUAAUCAAAUUCAUGCUGAAAUUAAAACUAUUUUGAAUGAGGCUGGUAUUCAAGAAACUUAUGUGGAACUUGUUCAAAGUGACUAAUAUUGGUUAAAUAUACAAUUAAGUUUGAUUAAAAGUUUUAAUCCGUUUUGAACAGGUUAAAAUUGUGAAUUGUGUUGAACUAGUAAAAUUUUAUCCUAGUUCUAUCACAAAUUUCUGCAUAUGCAAUGUUUAAUUAGAACAU